AUGACAUCAGGCGAGGGCCAGACGGAUAGGGCCACCAAAUUGCAGAACUGGGGCGAAGAAGGCAUGCGACAAGUGAAUGAUAGGAAGCUCGCGCUUAGAGAGAAGAGUGCCCCCCAAGAUAUCGAGUCACGACAAGUAGUCGAGGCCCAAGGCAACGUUGAACGCUCCUCAUCAAACAACUGCUAUAACGGAGAAGCAUGUCACGCGCCCCCAUGUCGGAUCCAUCGAGGUUACUUCCGUGCAGUCUUUAGGCAACCCCAACAAUGCCAUCGUGCGGUCGGACGAGCGGUCUCGCUCGACAAGCAGGCAGGGCAAAAGUCGGCCAGUGCAGCAGUCGGCAGGCUAUCUCUCAGCGCCAUAGCGACGCUUGCUACGUCCGAGCGUGAUCUGCUCGAUAGUGGCAAGACUGGAGCCAUACCUAGUAAUCCAUCUCUCCACCCUGACCUGCAGCCUCCUUUCGAACCAAACCAAGCAUCGUUACCAUAUUUGAAGCCCGACACUACCCGAUCCCGUCUCAAAAGACGCACCAAAGAAUCAUUGGUUAAGCCAAAGCCGAAGCGACUAAAUGCCAUGAAGGGUGUCAAGCUUAGCCAAUCCCGUAUUUUCGACGUGGAAGAGUACAAAGACUUCACUCUGCACCCAGACGGAUCCAUGACUUGUGUAGUGACCUGGACUCCUCAAACAGUGCAGCUUCGUGAUAUGCGUGGUUCGGAAGCCAUGGCUAUUUGCGAACGGGAAAUCACGUCGAAGUUUAGUGCUAAUAAGUGGGUGAAGCAGAAAGCUGCUUAUUUUGACAGGACUACAAAACGCAAGACUUAA